AUGGCCGAGUCAGACUGGCCCGGCAACUACCUUCCCAGCGCAUGCCCAGGCUGCGUCAUCGUCCACCGAUCGCACCCAGCCAUCGUUGGCAUCUUCCCUGUGCAGGAGUCUGGCAGCGCUGACGACACUUUUCAGUGGGACCCGCAAAGCAAGGUCUUCACAGUGGUCAAUGCAAAACGGUAUCCGUGCUUCACGUACCUGACAUUCCUGGGCACCCAUGUUCACGAUAGACAUGGCCGGCCCUUUGAACCAGGCUUCACAAGGUCGGACGCAGGGGCGGAACAGAUGGCCCUGACCUUCGUUGUGGUGGCAGAUCCCAUGACCGCGGUCCGCCUUGGAAGGGUCGAGGCGGCGACGUCAGGUUUCUUUGCCAUCGAGCUUGAGCAGCUGCAGGCACCCUCAGUGCCGGCCGCCCUCCAGGCGCAUGAGGAUCCCGAGGGCUAUGCCUUCCCGCUCCCCGAUGCUGCUGGACCAUACCUUUGUACCCAAGGCAUUGGAGGACACCUGACUCAUUUCUUCCCGGAGAGCUAUCAUGCGGUAGAUCUUCGAUGCGCAAUGCACACGCCGGUGCUGAGCAUUGGAGAUGGCAUUGUGAAGGAAAUCGCGCAGACACACAAGUGUGGCGGAAUCCAUGCCGCCAACCUGGCAAAGUGGAACUCGGUUUCCGUCGUGUUGGAAUCUGGCAUCAUCGUGGACUAUCUCCACAUCCUUGCGGACACAGCGCGUGUUCAGGUCGGCGACCACGUUAGGCGUGGACAAGUUCUCUGCGAAUCUGGCGAUAUUGGCUUCGCGCCAGAACCGCACCUUCACGUAGAGUUGCACAGCGCAGCGGAUCCGGACGGGCCUUCCCUGCCUCUUCACUUUGGCCGAGAACGCUUCUAG